UCGUCCGGCUGACCAGGAUGUCAACCGAGCAGCAGAGCCUGACGCCGCCGCCGCCGCCGCUCCGCGAGCCGGGGGCUCCCCCCACGGCCGCGGCCGCCGCUACAGACAAAAGACCGAGGGGCCGGCCUCGUAAAGAUGGCGCUUCCCCUUUCCAGAGAGUCAGGAAGAAGCCUCGAAAUAGAGGAAAACCUGCAGUGGAGGAUGAAGACAGCAUGGAUGGAUUGGAGGCAACAGAAACGGAAAACACUGUGGAAGUUGAUACCAAGGAACAAUUUGCAGAGGAGGAUGCCCAAACUGAAGUGGAUGGCGACAAGAAGCUAACACCAGAUCUCCAGUGCUCAGUCUCUGUGGACUCUGCGAAGACCAAUAGUUCUGUUGGUGUUGAAGCAAAAAGCAGCAAUGAACAGGUCUGCGCCUUUUGUUACUGUGGGGAACGCAGCUCAUUAGGACAAGGAGAGCUUAAACAAUUCAGUCCGACCCCAGGGUUUAUUGCUCCAUGGAACAUCCAGCCCUUAAAUAUGAGUGAAACUGUUGACAGUGAUGAUACCAUUGGUGAGAGUACUCCAAGGCAGAACCCAGUCCUCCACAAAACAAGAGGACAAAAAAAAGAGCAGAAUAUAACAACUUGUACAUGUAUAAGCACUCAAGCUACUCCUGAUGAUCAGGUAGUCAAAGUCUGGGAUGAACUCAGAAUGGUUGGCUUACCAGAUGACAUUGAUGUCCAAGCCUUAUUUGAGCCAACAGGUUAUUGCUGGGCUCAUCACCGCUGUGCGGAAUGGUCACUGGAAGUUUGCCAGACUGAAGAACAGCUGCCAGCGAAUGUGGACAAAGCUGUUGUCUCAGGGAGCACAAAA